CUUUAUAAGUGUUUCUAAUUGGUGUUGUACAAAUUAUUGAAUCUAUAAGCCUAUUUUAGAUUGUGAAUAAAAGAUAUUACUUUAUGUGCAGGAUGGAGAAACGUACUGUAUAGAUGCGAGACGUUACGGGAAUAUUGCUCGGUUCAUUAAUCAUUCGUGCGCGCCGAAUUUGUUGCCAGUGCGAGUGUUCGUCGAACAUCAGGAUUUGCAUUUUCCAAGAAUAGCCUUCUUUGCUAAUCGCGACAUCGAGGCAGAUGAAGAGCUUGGCAAGCGUGCGUAAAGAAUAUUUCGAUUCUCUUUGAGAUCGACCGUGGCACCGAUCCCAUGGAUAUGCCGGAAGCAUCGUCCUCCAAUUCCGCGGCGUCUAGCAACAGAAACGAGUCGGCGGUGCACAGGACUCACAGGUCACAGGACUCACAGGACUACGUUUACACGGGGAAUCCCCGACGAGUACGAUAAUUCCUCAUUUCUAGGUUCUGAACUAGUGCAAUAAGUUAGAAUAAGACAAAUAUAUAAAGAACAGGCCUUCUGUUUUCUCCUCCUUUGCCAGCAUUAUGUGAGAAUCUUUAAUACUGUUUUGACAAUGUUGACACUUGACAGUUUAUCAUUGCUUUUCAAGGUUAAUAAUGAGUCACAUUGGUAGACCUACUCAUAAUUUUUGGGAGAAAGGUGGUUAUGAGCGGCGUAAAGAAGGCGGAAAAAUAAUGGCAUAUUGUUUGAUAUGCAAGAAAACUCUUACAAAUACUGCGAAAACCAGAUUACAAACACACAGAAAUGUUUGUAGAAACGAAACGAACUUGUCAAGUGCUCUUCAAAGUCCACAGUCUGCUGAAAAAUCCAUUUCAACUGACAAUAAUGAAAAUGUUAUGGAAACAAUUGAUUUGGAAAGUAUCCAAUCAGCGAGUAUUGCAGUUGAUGCAGUCACUUCAUCUGAUCAGAGAAUAUCCAAAUACGCCAAAGUUAUUGCUAUAGGAGUUAAAGAUGUCCCGAAGGUUCCAAUUCUUCCUGAUUUUAAUAUGCAAACUCUUUCACAUCAAGAAUUUAAUCAUGCAGUGUCAACUACUCUUUCACAUCCGAAAAAAAUGAAAACUAUGCAUCAGAAACGCAAAUUAAAUUCAUUUAUUGAUUCUAUUUCAAAUCAGCAGAAGACCAAAAUUGACGAUACUUUGGUUAAAUUUUUGUACGGAUGUAAUAUUCCUUUAAAAGUGGUUGAAUCAAAGCUUUUCUUGGAUUUUAUAAAUGCCAUACGACCUGCGUACACGCCACCACCUGCAGAAUCGAUGUCGAAUGAUAUUCUUCAUGAUCUUCAUGCAGAAUUUAGGAAACAUCAGUCAACUUUCUCCCAUUCCAAUGGAAUAUUAGUCAUCACAACGACAGAAAUUAAACAGACGUUUCACGUAAUUGGUUUCGUACAAAGUCAAGAAAAAAUAAUCUAUCUAAAGACAUGGGAUAUCCAAGAAGAUAACAAUUUAUCACUCAUGAUUAAAGAAGCAAUAACUCUCGCAAGCCUAAAAUUCAAAAUGAUAAUUUACGCUGUCAUCACUGAUGAAGAUAUUCGAUUGCUUAACACAGAUGAAUGCAGCAAGCUGUGGAUCCUACAAUGUAACUUAUCCUUAGCUGCGUCUAUUGAAAAGGAGCUUGUCGAUUUGGAAUUUGUUGAAAAAGUUCGUUAUUUGCUUGACCAGUUUUCAAGUAAGGAAUUACAAAAGGACUUAAUAAUACGAGGAGGAGUAGCUUUCGUGUUAGAAGGCAAUUCGUUUUGUUAUAACCGCGAUCUAUUUUCUGCUUGCUUGAAAAAUUUACGUGCUAUGACACAAAUGAUGGGCGAGAGACAAUAUAAACUUAAGAAAGAGGUUUUAAAUAUACUGAUUGAUGAAUCGUUUGAAGAAGAUUUGAACCAUUCCUUGGAUUUGCUUAAGCCUGUUUACUGCAUUGCAGAAAAGUGUGAAAAGUCGAAGUUCAAGAUUGCUGAUGCUACAGAGGAUUGGUUGAUGCUGGCGUCGACCGAAAAUGCAUAUUAUAAUUCAUUUCAAUCACGAAUCAACGCAAUAUUGACACCGGUCGCACUAGUAGCAAAUCUUCUGCACCCUAUUUAUCGAGGCCACCGAUUUAAAAAUGAUCGAAGUCGCAUGAAAAAAGUAAUGGAGUUUUUAAUUAAUGAAUUGGAUGAAGAGGGAAUGAACGACUUUGUAAAAUACAAAAAUUCAACAGAAAUCUUUGGUUCACGUCAACUUAUGGAUUACACCAAUGAACAAAUUUUUUGGCAAGCAGUUGCUCCUGUACAUCCAAAAUUAUCCUCUUUCGCGAUACAAAUUCUGCAACUUCCAGCUGCUGCACCAAAAUUAAAAUCCUAUCCCAUUAAUUUAAAUAAUUUAACUCCAAAAAGAUUCGAAAAGAUAACAGACUUAUUUUAUCAUCUAAACAUGUAAAUGAAAACAUUAAUUUCUUGUCAUGAGACUAUGGUUAGAU